CUUCACUCCUCAGGUUCGAAUAACUUGGGCAAGUACCGCUGUUGACCUACAACAUACAUAGGCACAUCGUACCUUCCUCGACGUCUUGGUUACUUCUCCCCAUGUCCCCAUACCCUAUUUACUAAAUCAGCACCGCCGAACUCUUUUAUUAUUUUUUCUUCUUCCUUUCCUACACACCCACCUUCUUCCUUCUUUUAUUUCUUUUUUUUUUCCUUCACCAUAGUACACAGUUUCUGGUUACUCAGUAAUCUCUGUACUAGUCACCUACCAUCUGCCGCCUACAAGCACAACACUUAUUGUUGUGCUCUCGUCGCCCACCUUUCGUGUCCUGUUUCCUCUCAAUUACAACCACGACCUUCAAUUCUUUAAUCACCUUGUUCCCCGUUCAACUGGGCGCAACGUUUAACACCCAGUACGUCGAACAAACAUAAUCCUCGUCAUUCAUCAACGCCUUGACUAAUAAUCUAGUCAGCGUUCCUUAUCACACUUUCACCAAAGCAUACCUUGAAUUUUAUUCAGUUUGUUUUGAUCGGUCAACAUGUCGCCCAUCCCGGAUAACGACGAUGACAACCAUUAUGAUGCAGGCGCUCCUCUCGAUGGAGGUGCUAGCCCUGCCAUCCUAGCUGGUGAUGACCAGCACCUUGCCCCAUCCGGUCUUGAGAUCGGUAUUAUCACCGGUUCUGUCAUUUUGGUCAUCCUGUCGGUUAUCGUUGUUUUCGUCUGGCGUACUCGCAAGAGCCGGAACGCUAAGGUCGCCGACUCGGCCUCCUCUGCUACCGCCACUGCUGCCAACGAAGAGAUUGAGUCUCGAGUUACUGGCACUCGCGGAGUUUUCGAGCCUACUCCUCCUCCCAAGGAUGAGAUGGCCACUACUGUUAAGAAUGACGACUUGUCAUCAUUUGAGCAUUCCGCUCCUCCCUCUUCCGAGCGUCCCGCUUGGAACCAGUGGACCGCACUCCGCCGUGGCGACAAGCGCGAGUUUGUCGAAGAGCACGAGAUAGCGACUCGUACUUAGGCAAUUCUAUGUGCUUCUUCGCCCGCAAUAAGGAACCGACAUCGCUAUUGCUCUCAUGGUCCAAUGUCUAUCCUCUCUUUGCUUUGAGUUAUAAUGCAUCUCUAUAUUUAUAACCUUACUCAACAACUCACUGCAAGGAUGAUUAUAUUAUUAUUGACGGAUGGAUCAUGGGAAUACAAGAUUGACGACGACACUUUGAAGGGACUUCGCGAAGGUUCUGAUACUCUCCCCCCUCUUGUAAUGGGGACUAUACAUUCUUAGCAUUAAUCUUUUGGUCGUUAGGGCUGGCAUGGAGAAUGAUUCUCAGAAUGUUUUUCUCAUUUCCCCUUGCCUAUAGGGAUGAGUUAAGAAGAAUGUUUGAAGGGUAUCUGUGUGAUGGAUGCAAUCGAGGGGCUUCAAUGUUCUUUGUUCUUUGUAUCGGUUUACG